UCCAACAAGCACCGCAUCUUGGUUGAGGGUCGCACUGAUGUUCGCACCAACGGAUGAGGCUACAGCGAACGCGACGGAGGGGGAGACCCAGGCUCCGGGCUGGGUGGCGCAGGGCUGGGUGGCGCAGGGCUGGGUGGCGCAGGGCUGGGUGGCUCCGGGCUCGGAGGCGCAGGCGACGGAGGGGGAGACCCAGGCUCCGGGCUGGGUGGCGCAGGGCUGGGCGGCUCCGGGCUCGGAGGCGCAGGCGAAGGAGGAGGAGACCCAGGCUCCGGGCUCGGUGGUGCAGGGCUGGGUGGCUCCGGGCUCGGGGGCGCAGGCGACGGAGGGGGAGACCCAGGCUCCGGGCUGGGUGGCGCAGGGCUGGGCGGCUCCGGGCUGGGUGGCUCCGGGCUGGGUGGCGCAGGGCUGGGUGGCUCCGGGCUCGGAGGCGCAGGCGACGGAGGGGGAGACCCAGGCUCCGGGCUCGGUGGUGCAGGGCUGGGUGGCGCAGGGCUGGGUGGCGCAGGGCUGGGCGGCUCCGGCGAGGGAGGCGCAGGCGAAGGAGGGGGAGACCCAGGCUCCGGGCUGGGAGGUGCAGGGCUGGGCGGCUCUGGGCUCGGAGGCGCAGGGCUGGGGGGCUCCGGGCUGGGGGGUGCAGGAGAAGGAGGGGGAGACCCAGGCUCCGGGCUGGGUGGCGCAGGGCUGGGCGGCUCCGGGCUCGGAGGCGCAGGCGAAGGAGGGGGAGACCCAGGCUCCGGGCUGGGUGGCGCAGGGCUGGGUGGCGCAGGGCUGGGCGGCUCCGGGCUCGGAGGCGCAGGGCUGGGGGGCUCUGGGCUCGGAGGCGCAGGCGACGGAGGGGGAGACCCAGGCUCCGGGCUGGGUGGCGCAGGGCUGGGCGGCUCCGGCGAAGGAGGAGGAGACCCAGGCUCCGGGCUUGGUGGCGCAGGGCGGGGCGGCUCCGGGCUCGGAGGCGCAGGGCUGGGUGGCUCCGGGCUGGGAGGCGCAGGGCUGGGCGGCUCCGGGCUCGGAGGCGCAGGCGAAGGCGGGGGAGACCCAGGCUCUGGGCUGGGCGGCGCAGGGCUGGGUGGCUCCGGGCUGGGCGGCGUGGGGCUGGGCGGCUCCGGCGAGGGAGGCGCAGGGCUGGGUGGCUCCGGGCUGGGUGGCGCAGGGCUCGGCGGCUCCGGGCUCGGAGGCGCAGGCGAAGGAGGAGGAGACCCAGGCUCUGGGCUGGGUGGCGCAGGGCUGGGUGGCUCCGGGCUGGGCGGCGUGGGGCUGGGCGGCUCCGGCGAGGGAGGCGCAGGGCUGGGUGGCUCCGGGCUGGGAGGCGCAGGGCUGGGCGGCUCCGGGCUCGGAGGCGCAGGCGAAGGGCUCGGCGGCUCCGGGCUCGGAGGCGCAGGCGAAGGAGGAGGAGACCCAGGCUCUGGGCUGGGUGGCGCAGGGCUGGGUGGCUCCGGGCUGGGCGGCGUGGGGCUGGGCGGCUCGGGCGAGGGAGGCGCAGGGCUGGGUGGCUCCGGGCUGGGUGGCGCAGGGCUGGGAGGCGCAGGGCUCGGCGGCUCCGGGCUCGGAGGCGCAGGCGAAGGAGGAGGAGACCCAGGCUCUGGGCUGGGUGGCGCAGGGCUCGGCGGCUCCGGGCUGGGCGGCGUGGGGCUGGGCGGCUCCGGCGAGGGAGGCGCAGGGCUGGGUGGCUCCGGGCUGGGUGGCGCAGGGCUCGGCGGCUCCGGGCUCGGAGGCGCAGGCGAAGGAGGAGGAGACCCAGGCUCUGGGCUGGGUGGCGCAGGGCUGGGUGGGUCCGGGCUGGGCGGCGUGGGGCUGGGCGGCUCCGGCGAGGGAGGCGCAGGGCUGGGUGGCUCCGGGCUGGGUGGCGCAGGGCUGGGAGGCGCAGGGCUCGGCGGCUCCGGGCUCGGAGGCGCAGGCGAAGGAGGAGGAGACCCAGGCUCUGGGCUGGGUGGCGCAGGGCUGGGUGGGUCCGGGCUGGGCGGCGUGGGGCUGGGCGGCUCCGGCGAGGGAGGCGCAGGGCUGGGUGGCUCAGGGCUGGGAGGCGCAGGGCUUGGCGGCUCCGGGCUCGGAGGCGCAGGCGAAGGAGGAGGAGACCCAGGCUCUGGGCUGGGUGGCGCAGGGCUGGGUGGCUCCGGGCUGGGCGGCGUGGGGCUGGGCGGCUCCGGCGAGGGAGGCGCAGGGCUGGGUGGCUCCGGGCUGGGUGGCGCAGGGCUCGGCGGCUCCGGGCUCGGAGGCGCAGGCGAAGGAGGAGGAGACCCAGGCUCUGGGCUGGGUGGCGCAGGGCUGGGUGGGUCCGGGCUGGGCGGCGUGGGGCUGGGUGGCUCCGGGCUGGGAGGCGCAGGGCUGGGCGGCUCCGGGCUCGGAGGCGCAGGCGAAGGCGGGGGAGACCCAGGCUCUGGGCUGGGUGGCGCAGGGCUGGGUGGCUCCGGGCUGGGCGGCGUGGGGCUGGGCGGCUCCGGCGAGGGAGGCGCAGGGCUGGGUGGCUCCGGGCUGGGUGGCGCAGGGCUGGGAGGCGCAGGGCUCGGCGGCUCCGGGCUCGGAGGCGCAGGCGAAGGAGGAGGAGACCCAGGCUCUGGGCUGGGUGGCGCAGGGCUGGGUGGCUUCGGGCUGGGCGGCGUGGGGCUGGGCGGCUCCGGCGAGGGAGGCGCAGGGCUGGGUGGCUCCGGGCUGGGUGGCGCAGGGCUGGGAGGCGCAGGGCUCGGCGGCUCCGGGCUCGGAGGCGCAGGCGAAGGAGGAGGAGACCCAGGCUCUGGGCUGGGUGGCGCAGGGCUGGGUGGCUCCGGGCUGGGCGGCGUGGGGCUGGGCGGCUCCGGCGAGGGAGGCGCAGGGCUGGGUGGCUCCGGGCUGGGUGGCGCAGGGCUCGGCGGCUCCGGGCUCGGAGGCGCAGGCGAAGGAGGAGGAGACCCAGGCUCUGGGCUGGGUGGCGCAGGGCUGGGUGGCUCCGGGCUGGGCGGCGUGGGGCUGGGCGGCUCCGGCGAGGGAGGCGCAGGGCUGGGUGGCUCAGGGCUGGGAGGCGCAGGGCUUGGCGGCUCCGGGCUCGGAGGCGCAGGCGAAGGAGGAGGAGACCCAGGCUCUGGGCUGGGUGGCGCAGGGCUGGGUGGCUCCGGGCUGGGCGGCGUGGGGCUGGGCGGCUCGGGCGAGGGAGGCGCAGGGCUGGGUGGCUCCGGGCUGGGUGGCGCAGGGCUGGGAGGCGCAGGGCUGGGCGGCUCCGGGCUCGGAGGCGCAGGCGAAGGCGGGGGAGACCCAGGCUCUGGGCUGGGUGGCGCAGGGCUGGGUGGCUCCGGGCUGGGCGGCGUGGGGCUGGGCGGCUCCGGCGAGGGAGGCGCAGGGCUGGGUGGCUCCGGGCUGGGUGGCGCAGGGCUGGGAGGCGCAGGGCUCGGCGGCUCCGGGCUCGGAGGCGCAGGCGAAGGAGGAGGAGACCCAGGCUCUGGGCUGGGUGGCGCAGGGCUGGGUGGCUUCGGGCUGGGCGGCGUGGGGCUGGGCGGCUCCGGCGAGGGAGGCGCAGGGCUGGGUGGCUCCGGGCUGGGUGGCGCAGGGCUGGGAGGCGCAGGGCUCGGCGGCUCCGGGCUCGGAGGCGCAGGCGAAGGAGGAGGAGACCCAGGCUCUGGGCUGGGUGGCGCAGGGCUGGGUGGCUCCGGGCUGGGCGGCGUGGGGCUGGGCGGCUCCGGCGAGGGAGGCGCAGGGCUGGGUGGCUCCGGGCUGGGUGGCGCAGGGCUCGGCGGCUCCGGGCUCGGAGGCGCAGGCGAAGGAGGAGGAGACCCAGGCUCUGGGCUGGGUGGCGCAGGGCUGGGUGGCUCCGGGCUGGGCGGCGUGGGGCUGGGCGGCUCCGGCGAGGGAGGCGCAGGGCUGGGUGGCUCAGGGCUGGGAGGCGCAGGGCUUGGCGGCUCCGGGCUCGGAGGCGCAGGCGAGGGAGGUGGAGACCCAGGCUCCGGGCUGGGCGGCGCAGGGCUAGGCGGCCCCGGGCUGGGUGGCUCCGGGCUGGGCGGCUCGGGGCUCGGAGGCGCAGGGCUGGGUGGCUCCGGGCUGGGAGGCGCAGGGCUCGGCGGCUCCGGGCUAGGAGGCUCCGGGCUGGGAGGCACAGGGCUGGGCGGCUCCGGGCUCGGAGGCGCAGGCGAAGGAGGUGGAGACCCAGGCUCCGGGCUGGGAGGCGCAGGCGAGGGAGGCGCAGGCGACGGCGGCGCAGGGCUAGGAGGCUCCGGGCUGGGCGGCGCGGGGCUGGGCGGCUCCGGCGAAGGUGGCGCAGGCGACGGCGGCUCCGGGCUCGGAGGCGCAGGCGACGGCGGCUCCGGGCUCGGAGGUGCAGGCGAAGGAGGUGGAGUCCCAGGCUCUGGG